AUGCCAAACGCCCACAGAUCUCUCAACGUCCUUGUCAUCGGUGCUGGCCUGGGUGGCCUAGCAGCUGGCUUGGCCCUAAAAACAGAUGGUCACAAGGUGACCAUCAUUGAUUCAGCUCCCAAAUUUGCAGAAGCCGGAGCAGGAAUUAGAAUUCCUCCUAACUCAAGCCGCCUACUCAUUCGAUGGGGCGUUGAUCUUGAGAGAAUGAAAAAGUCAACUUCUCAAAGAUACCACUUCAUCCGCUGGAAGGACGGCGACACAAUAUUCAAUCUACCAUUCAACAACAUUGUCGAGACACACGGCGCACCAUACUGGCUCGUUCAUCGCGCUGAUUUACACGCCGCACUACUCGAUGCAACCAAGAAAGCAGGUGUCCAAGUAUUGACCAACAAGACUGUCGUCUCGUACAACUUUGAUGCACCAAGCGCAACUACCAAAGACGGUGAAACCUUCACAGCAGACCUAAUCGUCGGUGCAGACGGUAUCAAGUCUCUAUGUCGCCCACUUCUUACCGGCCAGCCAGACAUUCCCCGCGACACGGGAGACGUCGCAUACCGAAUCCUUAUCCCCAGUGAAAAGCUGCUAGCGGACCCAGACCUAGCCCAUCUUAUAUUCGAUCCAUGUACAACCUCAUGGUGUGGUCCAGACGCACACUUGGUCGGCUACCCCAUUCGCAACGGAGAGAUGUACAAUAUCGUUGUCUGCGCUACUUCCUACAACGAAACCACCGACGAGGUAUGGGUUGUCAAAGGCGAUAAUAGCGAGUUAUGCAACCGAUUUGCGAGCUGGGAACCUAAGGUUCGAAAGCUCUGUGCCCUUACUGGCGAAUUUAUGAAGUGGCGACUAUGUGACCUGCCCAAUCUUAAGCGCUGGACGCAUCCUUCUGGUAAGGCCGUGCUUCUGGGUGACAGCUGUCAUCCUAUGCUGCCUUAUCUGGCUCAGGGUGCUGCCCAGGCAUUUGAAGAUGCUGCCGUCCUACGCGAGGUUCUUGCACAGGAUGUAGAUAUGGCACAGGCUCUGAAGAAAUAUGAGGAGAUCCGUAUGCCGCGGGCUAGUCUGGUUCAGGCUAAGACGCGCGAGCAUCAGUAUAUUCUCCAUAUUGAUGAUGGUGAGGAACAGGAAGCGCGCGAUAAGAAGUUGGCUCUUGAUGCGGCGGAAAAUCCAGUUUUCUGGGGCUAUGGUGAUCGGAGGAAAUGGCUGUUUAGCCACGAUGCUGAAGUUAUUGGGAAAGAGGGGGCAAAUUGGAGAGACGCGGUUGUUUCGCCGGUCUCAUAA